AUGUCUUUCGCUCCUUGGUCUGUCUUGGAAAUAUUCGACGACGUCGACGACAAAUUACAUGCAUCUGAUCUUCUUUUCAAUGAGAUUCUUGACCACCAUGCUCCGAUCAGAUCAAUUAAAGUUCGCGGAAAGCCAAAUCCUUGCAUAACUGAGGAAACACGCGAGCUUAUGAAAUCUAGGAACUAUUGGCGAAAGAUAGCACGCAGAACUUAUAAUCCCGCUGACUGGUCUACUUACAAAAACCUUAAACACCAAGUGAGAACGUUAAUAAGAGCAGCGGAGAGCGAAUUUGUCAAGGAUCAGAUUCAAAACAAUCCACGAAAUACAAAUUGUAUUUGGAAGGCAAUUCGCCUUUGUCUCCCUAAAAGAACGUUUUUGCAUCAGUCGGAAAAUCUACGAAUUCUAAAAUUGAAUCUUUGGCUGAAGAGCACAACUUCGUUCUUCGUGAAAACGCUUUUACUCCUAAAUGUUUUCCUACUAGUGAGCAAUUUACAUUUAAUUAUAUUGAUUGUAAACAAGUCGCGGAUGUCAUAA